AUGAGUACUUUCAAUGGACAAAUCGAAGAAAUUCGACACAUUAGUGUAGACAGUUUUGAGGAUAUAGCAUGCAAAUGUUACUUUUUAUCUCACUGUCACAGUGAUCAUAUGAGAGGUCUCGAGAAUUUAUCUCAAAUUUCUUCGCCUUUAUAUACAACAAGUCUAUCUGCAUUAAUUAUUCAGAAGAAAUAUCCGUCGAUUAAUGUCCAAAUUCUUGAAUAUGGAUGUCCAAUGAAUAUUAAGUUCAUGGAUGAUGAAGACAAGGAAGUACAGUUCAUCGUGACUGCAUUGAAUGCAACUGGACAUUGCUUAGGUGCUUGCAUGCUUUUAUUUCAACUUGAAGGACUUGACAUCCUGUAUACUGGUGAUUUUCGGAUAUCACUCAAACAUGCUCAAAACAUAAAUGUUCUCAAAGAAAUCAAGAAUUAUGGAAGCUUAAUCUUAUACUUGGACACAACCUUUCUUAGUCAGUCUUACAAACAUUUCCCAACUCAACAUGAGAGCAGCAAUAAAGUCAUUGAGAUCAUAGACAAACAUUUAUCACAAUCAUCAAGUCACAGAGUUUGUUUGCAGCCUUCAGCACGUUAUGGCUAUGAAAGAUUAUUGACUGACAUAAAUAAAAAGUUCAAGGAAAGAGUUUACAUCCACGAAGAGGCUGUAUAUGAUCAAUAUUUAGUGAUUUCUGAUCUAUCUAGUUGUAUUACACGGGAUGUCCUCAAUUCUAGGAUAUCCUUAAAACCAUCAUUCGUUAAUGACUCAAAUGGAAAGGCAAUCGACAAAAAUACUCUGAACAUCAAGCUGUCUGCUAUAUAUUGGAGGAAUUGGAAUAAAAAUUGUCCAUUCGAGUGUAUUGAUGAAUCCAAAAAGUCUGUACGUGUCUGUUAUGCUACCCACAACAGUGAAUCUGAACUUCGUGAUUUUGUUACAUUCCUUGAGCCAAAAAGUAUUGUUCCAACUGUUAUGCCUGAUAGUUUUCAGGAAAAGGAAAUUAUGAGAGCAAUGAUAAGGAGCAUGAUCAAAUCUUUUAAAGGUAUUGUUGAAGAUCCAAAGCCAAAGAAUCGAUUUAAGCGUCUGCGAACAAUAAAUAGUCAAAAAUGUGUUGAACAAAUAUCCAAGAAAUUGAAGAAGUGA